AUGACUUGCUUCAUCCUCCAUAACAUUAUUGUGGAGGAUGAGUAUGAUUAUGAUGCUCCAGAAGUGUUCGAACCCGAUCCCAUGAACACAACAUUGACUAGAAUUUAUAAAAAGCGGAUGGGAGCAAAUGGACAAUCAAUGGAGCACGAAUUGUUAAAUCGGGACGGUCAAUACAACAACCCCAUGAUUGAUCGUUAUCAGGAAAUGCAAUCUUCAUAUGUUCACAAGAGACGUCAAGUUGACUUCAUCAAGCACUUGUGGGAGAUGAAAGACAAUCAUAGUGAUGAAGUGUGA